AUGAAACGCAGCGAGGGUGCUCUCAGCUCCGAGGCUGCCAAGGCCGCGCUGCCAUUGGAAAUUGCGGCGGCCCUGGAUCGCGGGGAGUUGGCCCUGGCAGCCAGUCUGAUCGCCGGCAGCGAGCACCAGAAGCUGGACACGGCCGAUGGCUCAGCCUCACUGGGAGGUACAGACACGAUGCUUCAGCCGCUUCGCCAGCGCCUGCUGGCGGCCCUGUCGCAACGCCUACGCGAGACGCUUCUCCUGUCGGCCGAGGCGCUGGACCGGCCGCUGGCUGUGCAACCUGGCGACGCGCUUGCCGACCCAUCAACCGGCGCCAGCCCCACCCCAGGCGCCGGCCGCCUCGCCACACCACAAGCCCUGAUCCAGGAUGCGGCAUUGGCCUAUCGGUGCCUGUCGGCCCGGCGCCCCGCCGUCGAUGCGGCCUUCAUCAGCCCGUACACCCAGUUCCUUGUGGCGGUGGCGGCGGCGCGCGCGGCACCGGCAACGAGCGCCUGGCGCCAGCUGGUGACCCAAUUCCAGGCCCGCGGGCCGGAGUCCCCCUCCGCCACGCCGCUGCUUGGAGAUGCCCUGGCUGCUUGGCUUUUGGGCCAGGUGGCGCCAGGCGGGGCGGUUCCCUCUCUGGCUGCCUGGCUCCAGGCGUCCGGUUUGCUGCCGUCCCCUCGUCGGGAUGCCUCCGCCCUGCCUGCAUACCCGGGAAUCAUUUCCAGCUCGCCGAUGGACCUGCCCGCCGAGCACUCCCUGCAUGACUAUUGCAUGGCCUUGUUGCGAUAUGUCUUCCACUCGACGGCUCCGGCGACGGCCGGUCUUCCCCCCGGGGGCGAGGUGGAGUCUGUGGCCCCGGCCUCCGGCGGCCUUUCCUUCUCCGACCUGGCCGCCAAGUUGGACAUUCAUGCGGCCACAGCCAUCAUGUCCUCACUCAAGUUGCAGUAUGUUUUCCUCUCCCUCGGGCCCGACUUUGCUCGACUGGACCUGGCCCAGGAGAUGGGCUUCGUGACUGGGGUCUGUCACCGGGUGGCUCUCCCCCGGUGGGGGGAUUCCCCGGACGCUUGCUGCCCGGUGCCGCUCUCCGGCACGGAACACUUGCUGCUGGAGUCGGCCAAACCCUUGCUGGCGAAUUACUUGACGCUCGAACGAGCUGAGACGCGAAAUCUGCUGCUCCUGCUGGUUCGAGAGAUGGGCAGCCCUUCGUCCGGCAUUGCCGAGCCUGUCCUUCUGGCCGGGUCCAUCACUCCAGUCAGGCCUCGUGAGGGGGAAGCCACCUCGGCCUUCGAGUACCUCCAGCGCCUCUACCGAGCGGCUGAGUCUCCCUAUGCUUUUUGCUUCAGCGCCUUCAACCACCUGAGCGAGUAUGCGAUGCAACGUCUCCGGCGCAUCUCUUGUGGAGUGCAGAUCUCCCAGACUCUUUCAGUUUUAAGCACGGCCCUUCUCGCUACCCUCCUUCGUGCGAUUCUCGAGGUCGAGGCAUACACUCUCCCGCCAUCGGCCUUCGCCCGGGCCACUCGGGGUCAGAGCUUCCCCGCCCUGGCCGGGCUGCCUCGACAGCAUGUUCACACCGCCAUCGAGGGGGGCUCAUGCAUCGGGCAGUACUUGGUCCCGCGGUUUUUGGUCCCAGCCGCGGAGCGGGUCCCGGUCGGCGGGCUCAACAGCCAGCUGGCCUCCAUCGGCAUGGUUUUGCAAGACGUGGCCGGGGGGCUUGGCACCGACAUCGUGCAUGGGUUUGCCUCGGCCAAUGGCCAGCCAGCCGACAUCGACUUCAGCCUGGUGGAGGCCGCAUCGCGUAGCGGCCUGGAUCAGAGCAUGGCCUUCCUGCGGGCCUUCCGCCAGCAUGCCGUGCCUCAUAUCACCCUUCCGGAAGCCCUGAAGGCUGCCUUUUCCGAACGCGAGUUCGACACCCUGGGUGCCUUGCUCCAAACAUCCAACGACUUUGGCUCACCGGACCUUCGUCUCAAGAGCUGGAUUUCCAAGAUUCGCACCCUCCUGCCGAACUCCGAUACCGACCUGCUUCGGCGACUGCUGGCAUCUUCCGAGGGAUCGGCCUUCAGUGGUCCCACCAGUCGGCCAGAACUCUCGGCUAUCAUCGAAAUCUGCGAUUGGGCUGUCUUGCGCGCGCAGAAUUCCGCCAUUCUGGCAAUUGUCAUGCCGGUGCUGUCGGCGCUCUCCGGCGUUCUGAAGGCCGGCAAGUGGCAGCCCGGUGGCGCGCUGUCGGGAGAUGAUGUGCCUGCUCCAUCGGACCUGGUGACCAGUGCCGGGCAGCACCUCCUCCAGGUGCCCGACAUGCUGGACCCCUAUGAUGCACCCUUCUUCAAUGCCACCGAGGAAGGGGGUGAUCUAUUCGGUGUGCCCGAUCCCCGCGAGGAGCAGGGCACUGUGACCGACAGCUUUGGUCAGGCUCGCGUUCCGGUGGAGGACAGCUGUCCUCGACCUGGUCGUCUGGCCAUCCUCUCUUUCCGGGCUGAUCUUCUUCGUGGACAGCUGGCUGCCGCGUCCUCUGCGCCCGGCAGCCUGACCGGUGCCAGUGCCGCGGAGGAAGAUCCCGCCGCUCAGCCUGCCGAUGCCGGGGACUAUUUGGACGUUUGGAUCAAGACGGUAUGCUUGGCAGUGGCCGAUGCCUGUCGGAAUGCAGCCAUCUUUUCACAAAAGCUGGCUGGAGAGGCCUCCUCGCCGAGCUUGCAAAUGGUUGCGGACAUUCGGUAUAUUUGCAACCUUCUCCGGGCUCUCGGAUCCGAUAUCUCAGCCGACGAUAUCAUUGAUGGUGUUGCUCAUGCCUAA